AUGGGCACUUUCAGAUAUACCAAUCUUUCCGAGGAAUGGAGCCCCGAUAUUCUUGCUAGGUUUCCAUGGAUCGCAUGGUUCAUAUGGAAAGCUAGGAAUGAAAAGAUUUUCAACGGCAAGCAAAUUCUACCUCCGGAUACUGUACUACAUGCUACCCAAGAGGAGAAGAACUGGAGAGUGGCACAAAUAAUAGCGAGUCAAGAAGUGACUGGAGAAAACCAACACGCAACUGACGGGAACAUGGAGAAUGAGUCACCAUAUCCAAGAUGCCAAGUGGAUGCAUCAUGGGUGACAAAUUCGACAGUUUCUGGUGGAGGUUUUGUUCUCGAGCUGGCGCCUGGAACCCAUACGUAUGGUUCCAUUGGUAUGGACCGGACCAUAUCUCCUAUGCAUGCGGAGUUACCACCUUGCUAUAAGCAAUGA